AUGAAGCGUGCAUUCACACUGCACCUCAGGCAACUACAUGCAUUCCUCGUGCUGUUGGAGGGUGUUUGGGUCAAAUCUCUCCUGCCACUAGCCAUCUGCAAGGAAACUGAAAGUGAUAGACAGGCCCUCCUUUGCUUCAAGUCCAGACUCUCAGGCCCAGCAGGAGUUUUAGCUUCAUGGAGCAAUAAGUCCUUUGAUGUUUGCGAGUGGCAUGGGAUCACCUGCAGCAAACCGUGUCCUCGCCGUGUGAUUGCGCUGGACCUCGAGUCGGAAGGCAUGUCAGGCUCCAUAUCACCUUGCGUUGCUAACCUGACUUCUAUUGCAAGGCUGCAGCUGUCAAACAACAACUUAAGUGGUGGCAUACCAUCGGUUGGCCUCCUGCCCCGUCUCCGUGAUCUCAACCUCAGCAGGAGCAACUUGGAAGGAAAAAUACCUUCCUCACUAGGGAACCUUUCCUCCCUUGUGGAUCUUCGUCUUACGGGGAACAAUUUAGUCAGGAGCAUACCAGAGAGCUUAGGUUAUAUCUCACCUCUGCAGAUACUGGCAUUGACUGCCAACAACUUGUCUGGGACAGUUCCACCAUCUCUCUUCAAUAUGUCAUCUCCGACAUUUCUUAGCCUAGGAAACAAUUCGCUUGUUGGAAGGUUACCCCACAAUAUUAGCUACACACUCCCGAAUAUUCAGACAUUAGUGUUGUCAACAAACAAGUUUGAUGGCCCAAUCCCAGCUUCUCUUCCAAAAGUUUACAACCUUCGUCUGUUCGUCAGCUUUACUUGUAUAACAACACACUAA